AUGGGCUGCGAGUUCCUGCAAGCCAUGGCCGAGGAGGACGAGGAGAUAAACGUCCACAACGAGGAGACGUUUGGGAUGGAUAUCGAUGCACAGGACACCACAGGCGACAUGGUCUGCAGCCUGCAGCAGUUUUCAGAAGCACCUCCGCCUCCUCCUCCUCCACCGCCGGACCUCAAACCUGUAUCGUCCCGCAAAGCCGCCUCGCCUCUCAGACAGAAGCCACCGUAUCCGCCCCGCGUGCCCCCCGGGCAGCGUGGGAGAGGGCGGGGGCAGAAGGGGAGGCUGGCCAGAGACGUGUUCGACCCCUGUGUGAUGAGGGCGGUGGAGGGGCGCCCCAGCCUUAAGAGUCUGGACAGCUCUAUUGUGGACUGUGGGUUUGCCAUGCACAAGGACGCCUUCAAGGAAAAUAUGAUGCCCCCGCCUUACAGACAGUCCAGAAAACCCUCAGGGUCCAUCCUUCAGGACAGUGCCAUCGUGUGUGUGAUCGGUCACAGAGGAAGAGGUCAGCCCACAAACUCCACCUUCCUGGAUUUUCCGUGUCCUCCGUCUUCGUUUGGGGGCAGGAGAGGAGAAGCCAGAGGGUCCUACCCCACAGCCGUGUAUGGCCAAAGAGGGGGCUGUCACAUGCAGGCACCAUUGAUACCAGGAACACCGGUCUUUCCACGUCAGCAGCCGACCCCACGGCAGUUCGUUUCAUUGGACCGUGCUGACUUCAUGUUUUCCAUGAGCGCUCUUUUCCUCUCCGCUCCUCAGCCGCUCACUCCCAAGAUGAUGCAACCUCGCUUUGGCUCCAACUCGCCGAGGCCGUCCAGCUUUUACAGCCCCUCCUCUAAUCCGGUGCGGCCGUUCAGCAGGUACCCCGGCCCUGUCACACAGCUCCAUCCCCAGCAUGAACGGCUGCUCAGUCAGAAACGAUGCAUGUUUCAAAGGAAAUCACAGGGUGUGGAUCCAUACUCGAAUCUCAUGACGGCAAAAGAGAAGGAGUGGAUCAUCCGACUGCAGAUGAUUCAGCUUCAAAGUGAAAAUCCGUACCUUGAGGACUACUAUUACCAGGAGUACUAUCGCCGGAUAGAAGCCAAGAUGUCGGAGGAGGAGCUGGGCAUCAGGGGCAAGAGGGAGCCGCCGAAGCUCACCACGCCGUACAUCACCAAGAUGGACGCCUACACACCAGUGGUGCACAUUGAAGGCUCCCUCGGUCAGGUUGCCGUCUCCACAUGCUACUCUCCUCGCCGUGCCAUCGUCGCAGUCCAUGCCGUCCAAACUCAAGGUCCCACUGAGGAGCAGAAAGACACCAGACAGCAGUGGUUAGAGGUGCUCAGCAAAAUAGAGAAGCUGUUCAUUAUCCUGUUGGAGGUGGAAGAGAUGGAGAGGCUGAGAACCAGAGUCUUGCCUGAAGCCGAAGAGUUAAGACUGAGGAAGAAGUCUGAAAUGAAAGUGGAUCACAUUUACUCACAGCUUCAGCACCACAAGCCCCCAAAUUCGGGAGGGGAGUUUCUUCCUUUCUUGGCUGUUUCAAAAGGCAAAAAGUUGAUUGCCCGUCUGCUGCCGUUCCUCAAACAAGACUCUGCCAUGCAAAUCUUGUGCGUUGUGACCUGUAACCUACCUACACUAAUGAGCAGAGAUGCAGAUGAGGCGCUUCCUGUCCUCUACCCGCCUCUCCGAAGUGUGAUCGCUACUCUGACGUUCAGUCAGCUGAUCGCGGUCCUGAAAGACCUGAUGUCGUCCGAGUCUCUGUCCACGUACGAGUGUCUCACACUGACCUGCCAGAACAGGUUUGGACUGUCCCUGCUGUACGCACUCCUGUCGCACGGAGAGAAGCUGCUGUCAUCAGGCGCUCCUCUGGAGCCCAGCAUCGGGGACUUUGAGAUCUGGACCGACACAGUAUUUCAGGUGGCAGGCCAGCUGUCGCAGUGCUCGCUGGCGGAGCCGCUGCUCCUGCCCUCAAACCUGCUCACCCUCUUCUGCCGUUACCUGGACAAGCGGACCGUGCAUCAGCUGAAGAACAACCUGGAGUCUGCGCCUGGACAUCUGGCUCUUCCAUCUUGAGGCGGACUGACGUUCAGCUGCUGACAAGAUUCUGAGGAGCAAGAGAGCGAAAGCAGCAGAAGCACAAAAUCUCCUCGGUGCUCGUUAAAACCGUCCCCCUGACCUUUUUGAUCCCCAUUUCUUUACAUCCCCCUUCCCUUCACAGUUUUGCACUAUCAAACUGUUUCCCCUUUUGUUUUU